AGGCCUGUCAAUCACCCCCUGAAGGCCCGCCCCCUUAACGGCAGCAAGUUUCUGCUGUCUCACACUACAAAACUGGACACUGGACACAUUUACACACAAAGUCCAGGAAACGAAGAAGCUGAGAACAGGUGCAUGUCCGGUGUCUGGUGCCAGCUCUGAUAAAUCCAUGUUUAUGUCGAGGUUUGUCGCGUUUUUACGCAGUUUGGAGGUGAUUUACCGAUAACCUGAUACCCACUGGCCUCACCACACAAUGGCCUCCUCCUCAUCAGUUGGAGAUAAUCAGCUGCAGAGGAUAAUUAGAGAUCUGCACGAUGCUGUGUUAGAGUUGAGUAAGGAACACAGGGAGUGUGGUGAACCGGUAACUGAUGACAGCGGCAACUUGCACAAGUUCUUCUACAAACUGGAAUACCUGCUACAGUUUGACCAGAAAGAGAAGACAACCUUUCUCGGUCAGAGGAAAGACUACUGGGAUUACUUCUGCGACUGCCUGAUUAAGAUCAAGGGAGCUAACGAUGGCAUCCGUUUUGUUAAGUCCAUCCCCGAGUUGAAGACAUCACUGGGGAAAGGAAGGGCCUUCAUCCGCUACUCACUUGUUCACCAGCGUCUUGCUGACACACUGCAGCAGUGUCUUAUAAACCAGAAGGUCACAAGUGACUGGUAUUAUGACCGGAGUCCGUUCCUCAAGUCUCAUCUCACUGCUGACAUCAUCAACCAUCUUUAUGAGCUCAACCAGAUACACUUUGAUGUGGCAGCCAGAGGUUAUGACCUCGAUGCUGAUUGGCCAAGCUUUGCCAGGCGAACGUUAGGCACCUCAUCAGCAUUCCUGUGGAAGGCUCCCAGUCGCUGCUCCAGCAUCAACAGUCUCGUUGGCAGUUACUCACACUUACAGGCGCAGGAGUUUCUCCCAAUCCCAGACUUGAGUCACAGUCUCCUUGGUGACCUCGGUGAACUGGGGGAACCUUCUCCUUGCAGCAUCGCAGAGAACCUCCGCAUUGAGCUCGACCAGUCCGAGCUCAGACAGCAAGAGCUUCUGGUACAGGUUCAGGAGUUAGGCAAAGAGGCUGCUGAGCUGAAAAGUGUGGUUAAAGACCUUCAAGGGCAGCUAUCAACAGCCCAGAAGUCCUCUGGCCACUCCGUGUCUACAGCAACCCAAAGAAACCAAGAAACAGAUAAUCAGGAGAGAAUAAAUCAAACAAACAGUGAACUUCAAGACAGACUCACAGCUGCUGAGAACAAAAAUAUGGAGCUUCUUUCUAAGUUGGACGAGACUCUUAAAGAGAAGGGACAACAGACUGCUAGCUACUGCGACUCAGCCUGGAAAAUCCAGGAACUCCUGGAUAAACUCAAGAAAGCAGAGGAGGAGAGGUUGGAGGCCAAGAGAGAGGCAGAGGACAGGGCCAGACACUCUGAGCGUCUGUCCCAGGAGUUAAAACUCAGGCAAGAAGAGUUGAGGAACAGUGAGGACAAGCUGGCUGAAGUGAAAGCCGGAGCCCAUGAUGAACGCGAGGAGGCCCUCAAACGGUUGGAGGAGCUCCAAAGUGCAGUCGGUCGAAUUCAGGGGGCGCUGACUUUGAAGGAGAAGGAGACGGGGAACUUGAGAGCCCAGCUUCAGGGUCUUCAAGCAUCACUGGAGUGCAGAGAACGGCAGGCAGAGGAGCUGAGGAAAAGACUGCAGGAGGAGAGGGAGGAGGAAGAGCAGAGGUGUAGCCUGAGCACUAGCCAGAACGAGGAACUCGAAAGCCAGAUCCUGGACGUAAGAAAAACCCUAAAAAACAGAGAGAAGGAGCUAGCCGUUAGUUCAGAGAGAAUCAAGCAUUUAGAGGAGCAGUUGGAGAAGAUAAAUGUUGAGAAAGAAAGUCUGAGCUCUCGACUUGCUGAUAAUGAAGAUGUUUCCUGUGAUCAAACCAAGAACCUUGAGGACUGCAAAACCCAAUGCAGCAAUCUCAUGGAAAUGAACGCUAAGCUACUCCAAACAGUCAAGAAGACUGAGGAGAGCAUUAUAGAGCUGACCGAGAGCAGGGAAGCCUUGUUAGACCAGCUAGUUUCAUUGAGGGCCUCUGAGAAGCACUUAAAGGGCAGAGUAGAGGCUGCAAGUAUGUGUGUGGAAGAUCGGGAGAAGAAGCUUCUGGACGAAAACCUGCAUUUGGAGGAGACUGUCCAGAAGGUGCUGGCACAGAAGGAAGUAUCUAAUGCUCAAUUAAAGAAGCUGGAGCAUGAGAACGCAGAGCUUGUUGAGGUUCAGUCCUCAUUAAAGAAACAGUUAGCCACAACUCAACUGGACCUGGACUCACUCACUGCCAAAGCUGCAAAGUUGGACAAAAACCUCACAGUGUCCCAAAGAAGCCAAGCAGAGUUACUUGAAAAACUUCAGGAAACGGAGGCUAAACUAAGAGACCAGACCAUCACAUGUGGGCUUCUGCAAGUGAGAGCAGAGGAGCUGGAGAACAGGACCGGAGAGAUGCAUGAUGAAAAAGGAGCUGCAGAGAGCAAUGAAAAAAUGCAGAAGCUUCACGAUGAGCAUCAGACGUCCUCAAUGGAAACCAAAGAGGCCCCAUUCAGGCUAGUCAUAGCUGAGGCUCAACUGGAACUCAACCUAAGGGAAGUGGAUCGGCUCCGGGAAGAGGUUGUAGAGCUCAGGGCCCAGCUUCUAGCAGGAAGUGAGGAGAAGAUGAAAGUUCAGGCCCUGCAGGAGGUGACAGAGUCCUCCAGAGAGGACCUCCGCGUCUUAGCAGAACAGCUCAAAGUCCAGGUGGAGGAGCUGAACCGCCGGCAUGUGGAUGAGAUUCUCCGGUCACGGGAGCGAGAGGAGGCUCUUGUCCGAGAACGGGACGGAGAGGCUCAGGCUCGGGCAGGUCUGGCUGCAGAGGUGACGGCCUCCAGAGAGGAGCUAAAUAAACUGAAGCUGCGUUACGAAGCCUUGUGUCUGGAGAACAGUGAAUCCAGGGAGGCUCUCCACAGAGCCAACACGGAAACUGCCGAACUCGGUGUACACUUGUGUAUGCUAACUGCUGAGAACGAAGAAGCUCGUCUGCGCUGGGAGGGUUUGUCAACCAGGCUGCAGGAGCUGGAGGAGGAGGCGACUCAGGAGGCAGAGAGACUGAAUACCUGCGUGGAGCAGCUACGUCAGGAGAACCAGAGACUGCUUGAUCAGCUCCACAACCAGGAGGAUUUGUUGGCUACCAAGCAGGAGCUGCAGCAAAAGCUGAGCAAGGCUCAGCAGGAGGCUGAAACUGUGCAGGAAGAGAUUCAGGCGCUCCGCUUCCAGCUUAGUAGCCGAGCCAUGAGCCAGGAUAGCGAGCUCCAGACUGUAAAUCAGGAGUUACGGGAAGUGAAAUUACAGCUGACGACUGAGCAGGAGAAAGCGGUCAGCCUGGAGACCGCACUCAAACAUCUCGAGGCUGAGAAUCAGAGAUAUUGCCAACAGAUUGAGGAGAAAAACAUCCAGAUGGCCAAGUCUGAAAAUCUCAUCCAGCAGAAAGAAGACGAGAUAAUCCAUCUGAAAGGGAAUUUAUCAAGGUCUGAGGACGGUCUAGCAGUGGCUCAGCUCGCCUGUCAGGAGAUGAGUGAAAAUCUACGGAGAGUCACACAGGACAAACAGAGCAUUGAUCUUAGGACAGCUGCUGAACUCGAUGAUCUUUACCGCACCAAAAUCAAUUUGGAGGAAAGGCUUGUAGAACUCAUCAGGGAGAAAGAUGCUCUGUGGCAGAAGACAGAUGCCCUGGAGUUUGAGCAGAAACUGCGGGAUGAGGAGACAGAGAGGGACGUCAACUAUUGUCUGGGCUGUCACAGUCAGUUCAGCUGGUGGCUCCGCAAGUACAACUGCAGACUGUGUGGGCGUCCCUUCUGCUACUACUGCUGCAGUAACACAGUGAGCACCCAGCAGGGCGGCAACAGAGAGCGCUGCUGCAUGGACUGUUACAACCAGCACAGUGCAGUAGUUGAGCGCCACCCACAGGAGGAAGUGACUAACAGCACACCGGGGACACCUUUCAGUCGUCUGCUGCAGGCUGGGAGAGCUGUGACUAGUGUGUCAGGAGCAGAUGAAGGUGACAAGCAGGACGAUGGUGUUUUUGACAUCAUCACGGAGGAGGAAGUGAGCGGGGUCUACGACAGCGACGCCCUCUCCUUUUCCACCGCCUGCUCUCCUGGACACGGACAGCAGGGGGCAGCACAACUAAGCAGCAGUGCCAGCACAGGAGACAUCACAUCAGAAGAUACCGAGGACCUCAGUGCUGCGGUACAGGACGCGGAGAUCUGCCUGCUGAAGUCUGGAGAGCUUACACUCUCUGUCGGCUUCACGGUGGACGACAUCUCAGGGUUUGGGGACAGCUCGCGAGAGCUCUUCAUUAAAUCCAGCUGUUACAGCACCAUCCCCAUCAUCACGAGCAGUCCUGGUCCUACCGUCAGCUGGACAUUUACCUCUGAGCCUAAGAGCAUCUCCUUCAGUGUGGUCUACAGAGAGAGUACAGAAACUCCGCUGGAGCAAGCCAAGGUCUUGAUCCCACUGACUCGCUGUAACUCCCACAAAGAGACAAUCCAGGGGGAGCUUAAAGCCAGAAACCCUGGAGAAUACACACUCAUCUUUGACAACUCUUUCUCCAGGUUCAUCUCCAAGAAAGUACUGUAUCAUCUGAGUCUAGACAAGCCUGUGGUCUACGAUGGAACUGACCUCCUCUGAGCGUGACGGGAAGAAGGAGGAGCAGGUUUUAAAACUGACUUUCAAAACAUUCAGGGUGGUUAAGCUGAUGCACGUAGGUCAGAGUCUACUGACGUUUAGCAACCUCAGUGAAAGGUUGUGGCAUUUUCAAAACGCCUCUCUCUCUCUCUCUCAGCUCGCUGCUCGAUCAUGAAGCGUUGCACAUCGGAUGAAUUCUGAUCGAGAGGAACAGAGGCUGUAAACAAUGAAGGAAAACAAUGUUACACUACUGAAUGUGAGCAUGCACUACCUUUUAUAAAAAAGCUUGACGUUCUAGUUUAAAUGUAGCAUUAAGGGGAUCAAACCUCACUCCUACUGCAGGUGACUGGAGGAUUGUUGCAUAUUUAAAUGUGAGGAGAUUCUCAGCACCAACACCUCCUGUACUUUUUUUUUUUUACUGCAUAAAUGAAGAUUUGUUCUCAGUAAGACUUUUGUCUUUUAACAUGGAUUAAUGUGCUUAGUGCACAGUUACAAGCAUUUUCACUUGGAGUCAGAGAUAUGGUCAAAAUCCUCUAUCACAGUAUGUCUUCAUUUUAUAUUGUGAUAUCAAUGUUUAUCAUUUGAAGAAAUUUCCCAGGAAAUCAACUGAGAAGCUGUUAAUGGAUAAAAAGAACCGGUCCGAUAUCGGAUUUUGAUUCAUCUAGGGAAACAAACGUGUGAUAAAUCACACUGAUACAGAACAAAAAUAUAAAAAUACAAUAUUGAAUCCUGUUUAUUGAUAUGCACAUUAUCACCCACAAUGGCCUAACACACCCAGCGACAUUGAAGGAGGAUGAGCUGCCACAGGUAAACUGACAAAUCAUAUCAUCGCUGUAUCUAUUUCCAGAGCAUUCAGCCGUGGUUUAUACAAAUAUUACACAAAUGAAACACAGCUGGAAACAAUGAGUAAACUGACAAUCUUCUACGGAGUUAAUUUAGCUAUUUUAGUUGCCUAAACUACUUUAAGUUUGAAAAAUUUUACUUUAUUUAACUUUUGACCUUAACUGACUUUGUUUCACUAGCUUCAACGUACCUCUAGCGAAAAUUUUGAUUGAACUAACUCUUUAAAUUGGUGUGCUGACAUCAUGCUGUUUGUAGAAUUAACCUUUAGCAGAGGAGAAACGUACUCCUCAUAAUGCUCGUUCAAAGUUCGAAUUCACAUAGAGACAGUAUCUUCGAGUUUGUUGCCUUUUCAGCUGUCAGAAAUUACAAGAAUUUGUUGUGUUUCGAUUUUAACGAAGCGUAACAGGAAGAAGCGGGACUUCUGCGAUAAAACCUCCACAUCAUUCGGUUUUAAUGAAACAGGAAACGGGCUUUAACUUUAAGUUUCUGAUAAUUGCAGUUGACAAACAGAGGUCAAGAUUUCUAUGCAUGCAAACACUAAGAAUGUGCAUGUUUCCCCUGCCUCGCCCUCAUGGGUGAAAAUAGGGAUCACAUGUCGAAAACUUUCAGUGCUUUAAUUAAUUAACUCAAAUCAUCGCUCAUAUUUUGACAAAUGAUGAUUUUAGCAUUCAAUUUUAGUGAAGCUGUAAUGACAUUUUGUCUUAAGAUGCAUAAAGAAGCCUUUAGCUAAUCAUAAUGAGGAUACUUUUUAUUUAUUGAGCGCUUUUCUAGAUGUUUGUUCUUCAGUAUUAGUUGCAUACUGUUGUUGUGCUGUUACUUAAUAAUGUUCUGCAGUGUGUCAAACAGAAAACUGAAUCUCAGCAUACAGCCUUCAAAUAACACCAGUCCAAAAAAUCACUUUUAUAUAUAAAGUUGUCUUACAUGGACUUUUUUUAAUUUGAAGGUUUUAAUGUUCAAAUUUACCUUUUUAUUUCUCAAUCACCAGAUAUUUUUCUUUUCAUUUGAUUGUACUGACUAGAAUAUACAGAAACACUGCUUUGCUAUUUACAAAAUGUCUUCCACUAUUUUAAAAACCAUUUUGUAACUUAUAUUUUGAACAUGACAUGAAGAUGAGGAAAAACACUUUUUUAUAAAUAUCAGAGUAAGAAGAAGAGUGAUAUAUUGCCAAAUAUAUUGGGGACACACAUUUGUCUAUUUUAUUGUUUCUAUUUAAAGGUUACAUGACAGCUGUGUGAUGCACUUUUGAAAGGGCUUUUUGUCAGUCUGUAUCCCAUGAGCCUUUUGUGCCAGUUACUGAAUGUUUCUUUCAUUUCAUUUGUAUUUAGUGAGAGUGUGAUUGUAGAUGUUUAAUGCUGGAUUUGUCAAAGGGAAGCUUUCACCCUCUGACUUAACCUGUAAAUGAUUGUCAAAUGUUUUAUUGAAAUAUCAUUUACAUACUAAAGAUUUAUAAUACAAUGGAUUUAAGAUUGUGGACAAAUAAAUAAGGACAGUGUGAUAA